CAAUUUGCGGGGGAUGACGUCAAAGGGGAAUGAGUCACACUUAUUGGUGGAUGUGCGCCGAUGCCGGUUUGUGUGGAAAUCGCCCGACAGUGAGUUUUAUGAGAAAAGUCCAAUUAAGUUUUUCUGGCAGAAUAAUUGUUAUUCGUUCGUUCGUAUCGGACAACGAAAUCUCGGCGUUUAAAUCAGGCAUUUAAUACUUACAUUACCUUAGAAAGAGCGUUAUCGGGAAGAAAGAUAAAGUUAUUGUGUAGUGCAGCUAAGCCUAACUGGAAGAAAACGUGCAGACGACAUUUUUGUUAUUCCAGAGAAGAGAACAAAUGAGACAAUGUUGAAGUCGAUUGUUUUAAAAGAUUAUUGUUAUCCGCUCGACGAGGUAAUCUUAGAAAGGUAGAACUUGUAAAAUGUUACCUAGAUGAGAUAAAUUGCAUCGGGUAAAAACUUUUAUAUGUAAUAUAAUAUAUAUAUAUAUAUAAUCGAGACGAACAAAAAUGGCCCAGAGACAAAAAGCUGAUAAUUCGUUAUUGUCUGGUUUGAAAUCGAAGUUUAACUCACGUAAUUCAAACAACAAUACUUCUCAGUACAGGAAUGCUGAGUUGGAACAAUGCAGUCAAGAACCGGAAGGGUUUGCGCCCUUACUCAAUGGGAAUCAAGCUCAUGAUAUUAAAGCAUACAAAACUGGACCACCACCUAUUAAAGAUGGUAUUGAUUACAUUAACAUUCAAGAAGAAGAUCAAAUGGAAAUUUUUGGAUACAAACCCCACAAGUUAUUUACCAUUUUGACAUGGUUGGGUAUCAUUGGAACAUGUGGUUUACUUCGUUUAGUAUUUCAUUGGCAGCCAGCAUGGAUGCUUUAUUUUACACACAUUCGCUGUCCUUUACAUUGUGCCAAGAAAGUUCUUUUGGUGGAUCAGUAUCAUCAAAUAUUUGUAGAAGCAAUAAAACAGAUUGUACCAAGUGAUAUAAAUAUAGCUGCAAUGUUGUCUCUUGUGCAUGAUGUAACCAAUACAGAUUCUAAUAGCCUUACUACUAUAAAUGGUGAAAAAAUUCCUCCUGUUCAUCUUGUUCAACCUGGAUCAGAAGGUCAGUUUGAAAUAACUGAUUCACUUUUAUACUUUGAUAAUAAAAAAGUUCGAUACAUAUGGGAUUCAACUUUGAAAAUUUUCGUCAAACUUAGAGGUUUAGAUAGAAAUGUACCAUGCUCAUUUUUUCAUCACCAGACUGGACUUUCUUCUACUGAACAAGUUUAUAGAAGAAUUUUAUACAGUGAUAAUAAUAUUGUUGUUCAUGUUCAAUCUAUUAUCCAUAUUUUAUUUCAAGAGGUUUUAGAACCAUUUUAUAUUUUCCAAGUAUUCAGUAUGAUAAUCUGGUACUUAGAUGACUAUGUCUACUAUGCUUCUUGUAUCAUUAUCAUGUCAGUUCUUUCUUUAACUACAGGAGUAAUGCAAAUUCGAAAAAAUCAGAGGACUUUACGAGAUACUGUUCACGCUACAGAUGUUGUUAAUGUUUGGAGAGGAAAAGAAGAAUAUGAGACUAUACCUUCAGAACAUCUUGUUCCUGGUGAUGUAAUUGUAAUACCAAAGAGAGGUUGCAUUAUGCAAUGUGAUGCUGUGUUGAUCAGUGGAAAUUGCAUUGUUAAUGAAAGCAUGCUGACUGGUGAGAGUGUUCCAGUUACUAAAACUCCCCUUCCAAAUCCUGGCAUUGGUAAAGUUUAUCAAGAUAAAUCUUUCCAUCCUAAAGAACAUGCUCGCCAUACAUUAUUCUGUGGGACCAAAGUUAUACAAACACGAUACUAUGGAAGUGAAAAAGUGAAAGCAGUUGUAAUAAGAACAGGAUUCUUAACAGCAAAAGGAGAAUUAGUUCGCUCUAUCAUGUUUCCAAAACCUGUUGAUUUUAAAUUUAAUCGACAUGUUCAUAAAUUUAUUUGUUGCUUAGCAGGAUUUGCAAUUAUUGGAUUUGUAUACACUGUUGUACUUAAGGCCCAAAGAGGAGUACCUGCUGGUGAUAUUGCAUUGAGAGCUUUAGAUUUAAUAACAAUAAUUAUACCUCCUGCACUACCAGCUGCCAUGACAAUAGGAAUUGUGUUUGCUCAACAACGAUUGAAAAAACGUCAAAUUUAUUGUAUUUCUCCACGUUGUAUUAAUAUCAGCGGUUGUAUAAAUUGCGUUUGCUUUGAUAAGACGGGAACUUUAACUGAAGAAGGACUCGAUCUUUGGGGUGUUGUACCAGCAGAUUCAAAUAAAUUUUCUGAACCCGUGAAAAAUAUCUCUAUGCUUCGAAACUCUCCCUUUCUGAUAGGAAUGACAACAUGUCAUUCUUUGACAAUUAUUGAUAAUCAACUUAGUGGUGAUCCUUUAGAUCUUAAAAUGUUUGAAGCCACAGAAUGGAUUUUGGAAGAACCAGAAAUAGAUGACACAACUAAAUUUGAUGUGAUUAUACCAACCAUUGUCCGUCCAAAACAUGAUGCUAACUGUGAUAAAAUUAUUGAAAGGGAGCCACCAUUUGAAGUUGGAAUUGUUCGUCAGUAUCCAUUUUCAUCCAGUUUGCAGAGAAUGAGUGUAAUAACUAGAGUCUUGGGAGCUCAGCAGUUUGAAAUUUAUUGUAAAGGUGCUCCAGAGACAAUAACAUCUCUCUGUAAUGUUAACACUGUUCCAUGUGAUUUUAGUGAAACAUUGAUGCAAUAUACACAACAAGGAUAUCGAGUGUUGGCACUUGCUUAUCGUCCUCUUGGUAAAUUAACAUAUGCUAAAGCACAAAGGAUUUCAAGAGAAGAAUUAGAAUGUAAUUUAACAUUUUUGGGUCUUCUAAUUAUGGAAAAUAGGUUAAAACCAGAAACAAUACCUGUUCUUUCAACAUUAAAAGCUGCUGACAUUAGAUUAAUUAUGGUAACAGGUGAUAAUAUGUUGACAGCAUUGAGUGUAGCUAGAGACUGUGGCAUGAUUGAUUAUCAGCACCAAGUAAUUGUGUUAUCAGCUACAGAAGAUGAAGAUACAGGUCUUCCAUCUUUAUCAUGGCAUUAUGCAGAUAUGCAAAACAAAAAAUUGGAUGAGGAUAAAACCAUUCACAAGGAUUCAGUAAAUGUUAUUGUAGAAAAAUCUGAAAAAUUACAUAUUGCAAUUACUGGAAAGACAUUUUCAGCUUUAAGAAAACAUCAUAGCCAUCUUCUUAAGAAAGUAGCUGUAAAUGGCACAGUGUUCUCGAGAAUGGCACCUGAACAAAAACAACAGCUUAUUGAAUUAUUACAAGAGUUAGGAUAUUAUGUGGGAAUGUGUGGAGAUGGAGCUAAUGACUGUGGAGCAUUAAAAGCAGCUCAUGCUGGAAUUUCACUCUCUGAGGCCGAGGCUUCAGUUGCUUCACCAUUUACUUCAAAAACACCAAAUAUUUCUUGUGUUCCAACAUUAAUAAGGGAAGGACGAGCAGCUUUAGUUACUUCAUUUGGAGUACUGAAAUACAUGGCAUUAUACAGUCUUAUUCAAUUUAUUUCAGUGUUGAUUCUUUAUACGCUCUAUUCCAAUUUAACAGAUAUGGAAUUUCUCUAUAUUGAUCUCUUUUUAAUUACUUUAUUUGCUGCAUUGUUUGGUCGAACUCAACCUUAUGAUUCUCUUGUUAAAAGACCACCUCCGUCCAGUCUCAUUGGCAUCACUCCACUUUCAUCCUUAUUGUCACAGAUAGUUCUUGUUAUUAUUGCCCAAGUAUUAGGUGUUCUGGUUCUAUGGCAGCAACCUUGGUAUAAGCCUCAUGUUUCAAAGGAUGAAGAUGACCACAAGUGCCAUGACAAUUAUGCUGUGUUUGCUGUUUCUGUCUUCCAAUAUAUCACACUGGCUAUAGUUUAUUCUAAAGGGGCACCCUACCGGAAAUCAUUUUUUACUAACCUAUUUUUUUUAAUAUCAUUGAUUGUUAUGACUGCCUUCACUUUAUAUCUUGUUCUUAAACCUCAUCAAUGGCUAGCUGAUUCAUUUGAAAUGGAAAUGGAAGGUACUACAUGGGCAUUCCGUUUGCAAUUAGUUGGUAUUGCUCUGGUGCAUUUUGUUAUAUCAUAUUUAACUGAGGCAUUUCUUGUUGGAUAUAUAAUAUUUCACAAGUGUAAAGACAGGCUAUCAAAAGGGAAGAGGAAUGCUACCGAAUUUCAGCUGAUUGAAGAAGAAACUCGGGGUGCUCCGACCUGGUUACCUUUAAAUGAGUCUCCAACAGAAUCUUCUUUUUUAACUCUUCCACAUUCAAACACAGUCACUAGUGCCUUCAGUGGAAGCAGUUUGGAAUAUAGUGGAGGGGAUAAAAUAACUCCAGAAAAUGAAAACAGAGAUGAAUACAUAAUAAAUAUAAAUGAGAAGUUUUCAAAUUCAUGUAGAGAUCCACAGGAUUCUUGUCUGAAUGUAACAUCUAUAGAACAUGACGUACUGUCUCGAGACAUUGCAAAUGAAAGUACUUCUCUCUAGGCCUAUAAGGAAUUCCUGUUCUGUACUCUUUACAUGCAGUCAGGUAUAAAUGUAAAUUUAUAAAAUCUUAGGGAGCAAGUAAGAUAUAGUAUUUAUAUUGUAACACUGGACAUUUUCAGAUAUAAUUUCUUUUAAUAAUAUACCACGCAAUCGAAAUUCUUAAUUCUUGUAAAAUCCAAUUGACAUUGUUUACUUUUAACAACUAUUGAAAUGUUAAAAUGUUUUUCAAAGUGGCAAAAAUCUCAGGAACAAUUACAUUAAGACUGUUGUUUAGGACAACAUUGUGUAGCAUAUCAUAAAACUUUCAUAUAUUUUAAUUGUUAAUGAAAAAUUCAAAUGAGUAUUUUUACAUAAGUUAUUCUUUGUUUUCGAUACAUUAUUUCUCCUAUACUUUCUAUAUAAUUAUUUAACAAAAAAAUUAUUUAUAUAUUGCUGCAGCAUUUUGCUGUAUAUUUUAAUAUUUACUGUAUAAAGUGAUACAGUUACGUUUAAUUGAAAUUUGUCUAGUCAGGUUUUGUUAAUAAUGUUCACACACAGUUUCUUAAAUUUGAAACUGCAACUUUCUAGAGCGUUCGUGAGACUCAUAAGUGAAAUGAUACUUUAUAUCAUUUGAUUUUUUCAAUGAUAAUCACAUUCUCAAAUAAUUUCUUUCAAUAUUCUGUUAAUUAUUGUACGAGUCACAAAAACGCCAUCAUAGAUUCUAGAGGUUGCAGAUUUAAAAAUUGAGAAGCAUUGUGAUACAAAAUUAAUGACACAAUUUUUAAAAAAUUAUGAAUUUAUAAUUUUUAUUAAAAGCUGUCGUCCCACUAAUUUUUAAUUACCAAAUUGAUUGCUUUCUUCUGCUAAAUAAUUGAUAUCGUAUAAUUUUUUUAUACACAAUAUAGAUAUAUAAUAAUAAUAAUAAUCUAUGAUUUCUAUUUUCUAACUUCGAAUAUUCUUAAAGGAACUGCAGUGUGCCAAUUAUGUUAAAUGGAAAUAAAAAUCAUUAGACUAUUUUCAUACAUUAUGUAAUCGAGAAAUUUUGUGUAAAUGACCAAAAUCUAUCAAAGAAGUCAAUAAAUAUUGAAUUUG